UUCGCUGUACUAUUCGUAAAGUUGACCAAAAAACACAAGUGCGAAUCUAAUGGGCGACGGCGAGGGGGUGAUUAGAGUCGCCAUUCCCCAUUCAAGUGUUCAAAAAUACAGCAUUUUCACACACCAGUCAUGUACUUCGUGGCACUCCUUGUCAUAUCGUGCGCUUCCCAUGUCAUUGCCUCUCCUUUCAACAAGUCAUUGACGCUGGGAUAUGACACAUCUUUGGAAAAUGACGAAGAUAAAACGUACCCUCCUGGUAUCAAAUUUCUCGGUGGUGGCUACGAUCUUAUUAAAGGAAAUCCGGACAAUCGUCGUUCAGAUAAUGCAGGUGCUGACCCAGGCCUUCAUCCUUCCAGAAGAAUCUUGCAUUUCACCAAAGGAGAUAAAAAAACAAUUCAGCGUGGAUUUGACUUAUACGAUGAAAUUKCCUAUACUCCCCGAAGUGCUUGUGUCAAAGAGAAAAGUAACAGCAUCGUGAAGGAUACCCAAAGCUACCAAAACGAACUUUCAGUUGGUGUAUCACUUGGAGCAUCGUAUGAAGGAGUCCUCGCUAAAGCUGCUUUUACGGCUAGUGCAGAAUAUAAAAAGAUGACAGAGGAGACAAUCACAAAUAAGAAAAUUUACUCUGAAGAGAGAAACACAUGUCUUUAUGGCGACACGACAUAUUCUUGGGCACAACUUCAAACAGGAAACUAUUAUGUGACGGAUGUUUUUGCAGCUGGUGUAUGCAUUCUGCCAGAUGAAUAUGACCAAGUCAAGUAUAGAGAAUUUGUUAACUUGUAUGGAACGCAUGUUGUUAUAAAGUCUCAUUUGGGAACAAAGACAAUAAAGGUCUUUGAGGCUACGACCGCGGAGUUUACAGAAUUUGCUUUACAGCAGAAUAAGGCUUCCGUUUCUGUCGAAGGAGGGUAUGGACCAGUCAGUGCUUCACUUUCCGUUGACUUCGACAAGUUAAAAAAAUCCACGAAAGCGGGCUGUGAAUUUGGAUCAAAAGAGACUGAGUUUACCAUUGGCACAGAAGAACGACCUGAGCCUAUAAAAAUUGAAUUGAAACCACUUACUGACCUUUUUGUGAAGGAGAUGUAUAAAGAAGAAAGUUUAGAGARAGCAAAUUGUGUUUUGGAAGAAGCGACACUGGAAACAAGGAAAGGCCAUCUAUUGACCUUCUUCUCGGAUUACCCGCAGCUCCUCCACGUUGUGUUACCCGCAAAUCAAACUGUUACGCUUGAUUUGAACUGGCCGAAAGGUACCUAUGGACUUCCAAUGCCAGACGGAGGAUGCCCUGCAGGUAAAGAUUUCACCUGGCACGAAGGAAAAUUCCUUCAGGAUAACGAGGAUGACGAAAAUUGGCAAAAAGGAAGCCCAGGAAAUCACUUAGGGAUAGGACUCGGAAGAACACUUAAAAAUUCACAGCAACGGUUCUGCGUUAAAACUCAAGUUACACCAGAUAAUCUUAUAUGGCCCAGAGGAUCGUAUUGCAUCAACAAGAAGGGUGAUUGCCCAAAUGGGUUUACAGCAGGGAAGGUGACAUGGAAUGACCAGAAAUAUUACAUCAACAACAAUAGGAAAUCAGGUGCUCUCCCUGAUGGCGACCAAUGGAAAGGAGACAACCCCGGCACUAGAGUUGAAUAUUGCUGUCGCACAGACGAUUACCCUGAAAAUGAAAUCUUUUUGCCCUUCGACAAACCCUUUUUGUUGUAUAUGGCUCCAAAUAACCAUGAAUGCCAGCGGGUCUUUAAGAUGGAUGUGCAAGCGGAAUGGUUUAGUUGGAAUACCGAGGAUGAUUCUUCUGUAAACAAAAUUGAAGGAACUGUUCCCAAAGGAAAUUAUGGUGAAAAUGUCAAGCAAUUUUACUGCUAUUACACACCUCAACCUUGAACCCAAACAUUCAUCCAUUGAAAAUAACAGUUUAUUAUUAUAUUCCCAUGAAGAUGCCAUUGUAUAAUCGACAUUUACAAAGUAAAUCAGAUGAAGAAAUGAGAAAAUAAAUAUUUAAUUGCUGUACGUUUGUUCAUAUUGCAUCAUCAAAGCUAAGGCCGAAAGAGAUCAUGGGAAAGCAAGUAAUUCGAGUAAAACAGUACUUUAAAGAUUGCCUGCACUGAAUUAUGCACCAAACCUUUUUUUUUUUUUUUUUUGCAGCGCGAUUUUCGCGCGAUAAUCGCCACUUUGCUAUCGCGCAACU